UACGUUUCCUGUUGGGGAUUCUUCUGCCUAGCCUUCUCCUUAAGUCUAGAUCUACAGAGGUUGAAAUAGGAAUGUGUAUCUAGAGGAGGCUACAUUGAACAUUUUGUGAUAAUAUUACCGUUAGGAAAAUCAUAAUGUCUGCUGAAAGUAGUGGAGAGAACCAGGACUUCAGAGGAAUGUUGGUGCGGUUGUCCAACUUGUUGAAAAAAGACGAUCUGGAGGCCAUGAAAUAUAUGUGUAAAGAUGUUAUUGGAAAAAGAGACUUAUCUAAGAUAGAAAGUUUUUUCGAAUUGUGUGACAAUCUUGAAAGCCGGGAUAUGCUUGAUAGUAUUAAUAUUGCGUUCUUACAGAAACUACUCACUGACUGCUGUUCCGGAAGAAAGGAUGUGUUACAUGUUUUAGAAAGUUACACUAAACCACAAAAUGGGAUACACAAUGAAACAGUAGCCAACAUAACACAAAACGUACAGUUGAAUCCAGUAAAUCCCCAUCAACAGAUUGUAUACCUGCAGCCUGCCCAGGGUUUCCACAGUCAUCAAAUGUCACCAAGUAGUGCUACCUACUCCUUACCGACUUACGACUACAAACAUGUUGAAAAAGAAAUCAAUUACCUGACGAGGAAACUUGGAAGGGAAUGGCGUUUCUUCAUGCGUACCUUAGGAAUAUCUGACUAUGACAUGGCUGAGAUGGAGCAACAGCAUCCACGUAACAUGCGUGAACAGAUUCAUGGUUGUUUUGUGAUUUGGGUGCAGCAGAAUAAAGGUGCCGUCAACAAGAAUAUGCUGAUAAAGGCUUUGACAGAUGUUUCUGUGGAGAGAUUUGAUCUCGCUGCUAACCUGGAGGAUAAUGACUUUUCUUAACUUUUCGGAAGAAGACAGAGGUUAUUAACAAUCAAUAUACCAAUGCUUGUCCUAAGAACAUUUCUGAAAGUCCAGCCUAGUAAGAGAUGUUUGGCAGAUUAUGUGAUAUACAAUGUCUAUAUCUAGGUGGUGUAAGCAUGUGUCAGAGAAGGAAUUCUGGUGGGGAUAUCUAAAGUUAAUUUUGUUAACAGUAUUUUUGUUCUAAGAAAGUAGUUCUGUAUAGGUAUAUACGUACAUCCGAUUGUCAAGGUUUCAUUCCUGUGAGUAUGAUCAUACAAAGCUUAAGGCUGUAUAUCUGAUCAUCAUAUCAUCUGCAUGGUAUGUGGAUUGAUGCAGAGACCAUUUUUGAGAAUAAUUCUGAUAAGUUUGUAAUUUAGAAAAUGUCUUAUCCAUAGAGACUUCAUUUAAACUAAAAUUAUCCUAAAGAGAAACAUAAACAAAUUAGCCAUGGAAUUAUAGGAAAGGAUGGUCUCUAAGGCUGAAGUGUGUCCAGGCCAAGGUAGCUAUCUACAAAGACAAUCUUUUUACCCUAGUUACUUUAUAAUAAGACAGAGGUAUAAUGGUGAUAGGUUGGAUGAGGGUAUAAUGGUGAUAGGUUGGACUGAGGGUAUAAGGUCCUGAAGAGGAAGUAAUUGUAUUGUUUUUGAUGCUAUUGUUAGUUACUGUAUGUGUUAAUAAUGGUACCAGUUAUGACUGAUUUUGUAUCCUAAUGAGGUUAUAAUUGAACAUUCCCAGCUGCUAGUCAGCAAUGUAUAUACAGAUAUAAUUUAUGAGGGAUGUGUUAUACUUCAAUGGAUUGUUUUUCCUCCUGAACUGUGAAAGGUAUGUCUUUAUGAUCGAGAACUUAAAUGUUCAUGAACACUAUAUAGAAUACUGAAGGACAGUACAUAAAACUUGGUGUGUAUAUCUUCUGUUGAAUGCUCUAUAGUGUAUUUUGAUUUAUCAAUCCUCCAUCUUUACUGCAUGGAAUCAUGAUUACUAGAAACACCCUGCAGAAAUAUUACUGACAAGCAGGCCUCGUAUAGAAGCAGAAAUAAAUGACUGAUUUUGUAUGCAUUUAUAUUUGUGGUCUAACUACUUUUUUCUGAUACUUCACAGCUUUCUGGGCGAGUUCCCCAUUUCUCCCUCAAAGGGGUGUAAGAUCUGUUAUUCUCUUACCCUGGACAGGGAUAUCCGCAGUUUUACAGGAGUGAGAUUUUCUUAUCUCACCCUUGGGAAAAGACAAGCUACACAUGCUCUUUGAACAUGCUCUUCUUCUCGAAAGGGUGACGUCACUAUGACCUGACCUGGAACAUUUGAAUGCUAAAUAUCCAUGUUAUUCACAAAAGAAAUUGAAAUAAGUAUUAAAUAUCAAGAGUUAACAGAAUGUUUGGUGUUCUUUUUGACAAGCUUAUUGGAACUGUAUUUUGUAUGAAACAUCAUCAUAAGGUGUAAAGCCUCUGCUGCAGCCUUAAAUCACAACAGUCAUCCGCCGUCCACUUAUUGUUGUUUACAUAUGUUUGGAUUUUGUUCACACUACGAUUGGAAAACAGGAUAAGAGAAAAAUAAUCAUUCACCCCUUUUUUGGAAGAGAUAGGGGGAUCUCAACCCUCGAAGGGAGAUUGUUAAGUUCCCGAACACUCGGCAAGCCUCAUGUUUGGGAAUUUAAAAAUCCCCCCCCUCGGGUUGAGAUCCCCUAUCUCACCCCAAAAGAGGUGUAAGCUUCCGUUAAUCUUGCAUACUUCACAGGGUAAUCCUGUUUGCUAGGGAUGGAUAAUUAUCUCACAUGGGGUAAGGACAGCGUCCACAUGCUAUGAUGUCAUAAUAAAGAAUUGUCAACAUGUAUUGUU